AAAAAUUAUUUCGAAUCUUCCUUCUGUUCAAUUGACAUUGUCAGAGCAGUCACGAUUCGGCUUCAGUCCGUCGUUUGUGUCAAUUGAAUAGCAUUGUCUAUUCCAUAUUUUAACCAGCAGUAUUCUGUCAUUGCGAUUUUGGCUUGGAAGUUACUUCAACUGCCUGCCAAUUGCCUGCCAUAAUGGGUCUCUUCGUACUUGCAGAGACGCCCGCGGGAUAUGGUCUUUUUAAGGCCAAGGAUAAGAAGUUGCUGUCGCGAGAUGACGUUUCCACCGCGCUCAAUGGCGCUGAUGCCAUUAACUCCAUGCUGUCCCUAAAGAAGAUGGUCAAGUUCGAGGAUUCGGCUCAGGCACUGGGCGAAUACACGUCCUUGACUGAAGGCAAGGUCACCCCAAUGCUCCAGCAGCUUCUAGAUGAAAUCAAGGACGAGAGCAAGAAGUCAUCCCUCGCCGUCGCCGAUCCCAAGCUUGGCGCUGCCAUCAACGUGCUGCCCCAGCUGAACAUUACCCCCGUCUCCGACUCUUCGACGAACGACCUUUUCCGAGCCAUCAAAACCUAUCUCCCAGAACUGUUCCCUGAUUUGGAAGGCGACUACUUGGGAAACAUGGCCCUGGCUCUGUCGCAUUCCAUCUCUCGACACAAGCUCAAGUUCUCUCCCGAUAAGGUCGAUGUCAUGAUCGUACAAGCUAUUAAGCUGUUGGAUGACUUGGACAAGGAGCUGAAUAACUAUGCCAUGAGAGUCAAGGAGUGGUACGGAUGGCAUUUCCCGGAGAUGGACAGGAUUGUUAACGACAACCUGGCCUACGCUCGCAUUAUCCUGGCCAUGGGCACUCGAGAGAACGCCUCCGCCACCGACUUUUCCGAGAUUCUUCCCGAAGAUAUCGAGACCCGACUGAAGGCCGGAGCCGAAGUCAGUAUGGGCACGGAGAUUGGCGGAUUUGACUUGGAGACCAUCAAGAUGCUUGCUGAGCAAGUCGUCGGCUUCACUGAGUACCGCCAGCAACUCUCUCAAUACCUUACUUCCCGUAUGAAGGCCAUCGCACCCAACUUGACCGAACUUAUCGGAGAGCUUGUUGGAGCUCGUCUUAUUGCCCACGCCGGCUCCCUCAUGAAACUCGCCAAGAGCCCCGGUAGUACCAUUCAAAUCCUCGGUGCUGAGAAGGCUCUGUUCCGGGCGUUGAAGACGAAGCACGACACACCCAAGUACGGUCUGAUCUACCACGCGUCUCUGGUCGGUCAAGCAACCGGCAAGAACAAGGGAAAGAUUGCCCGUACGCUAUCCGCAAAGGCCGCUCUUUGCUUGCGUGUCGAUGCGCUUUCCGAACUGAGUGCCGAGGGAAUUGACGGCGAAGAUAUCCAAAUUGACGACGAGGAAAGGGUAAAGCUUGGUAUCAUGUCACGAGCAAAGUUGGAGAACAAGCUCAGGCUCCUUGAAGGGAAGCCAAUGCUCUCCAAGGGCGUUAAGAUUGCUCCCAACGGAGCCUCGCCUUCGAAGUUUGAAGUCAAGCCUUCAAGAAACUACAAUGCCGACGCCGAUGGCCUGGCUGGACCUGAUGCGACGAAGCCCCUGAUCCAAGAGGUUGAGGAUACGCCAAUGGCAGACGAAAGCGACAAGGAUAACUCUGAAGACGAGAAGGCCAAGCGGAAGGCAGAGAAGAAGGCAAAUAAGGAGAAGAGGAAAUCAGGAGUCUCCGAAGUUGCCGCCACACCAGACGCCCCUAAGGCGCUUUCUGAAGUCGAUUACGAACGCCUCGCGGCGCAAGCAGGCAUCUCGGUAGCAAAGUUCAAGCGCAAGUUUGAACGUGGUGAUGUACAGAUGGGAAGCGACGGAUCCCCAUUGGUCGUUAGCAAGAAAGAAUUGAAGAAGCUUCGAAAGGCAGAGGGCGGGUCCGAAGACGGUACACCUUCAGGCAAGAAGCGCAAGGCCGAUGAAGAGGGAUCCACCGACAAGAAGAGCAAGAAGAAGUCAAAGAAGGAAAAGGCAUAAGGCCCUGCUUUUUUACUGAUCUUUUCUAUUUGUACAAAACUGCUCU